CAGCCGCCCGGAGGACCCGCGCUGCGGAAGACUGUAGGCCGGCCGCGGGACUGUGGGGCUGCGGCCUCUGUGAGAGCCCCGGUGGAGCCACGAGGGGACCCACGCCAGCUGGGAUUUCUAGAAGUGGGCACCAACAAGCAGUGACUAGAAGCAGUCUGGAAUAAACUUCAAACACCCAGCACCAGCCUGGCAUUACCAAACAAUGGGAGCUAAGAAACAGCCACUCCAGAUACCAAUCACUUAUGAGGACGUGGCAGUGGAUUUCACCCAGGAAGAAUGGGAAUGUCUGACUGAGAAGCAGAAGGCUGUUUACCAGAAUGUGCUGUCAGAAACCUUUAAGAACCUGACAUUUGUAGAUCAGAACACCAUGCAAAAUGGAAAAGGACGGAGGAGAUCAGGUUUCCAUCCCCCAAAGACUGCAGGACGCAAGAGAAAAUCUCAAAAACCUAGCUCAAACCUGGAAGAUGAGGAGAGAGAUGAUGAAGAGAAGACCUCUCGUGCUUGUACAGGGAUAUUCAAAGGUGGACCUCUCUAUUUCUGUCUGACCUGUGGCAAAUGUUACAAAAAGUACACCAACGUCUUUAAUCACCAGUUUCCUUUGAAGGCCCAGCAGACUACUGGCCACAAAGCCCUUGGCUCCAAGCCCCAGAAUCGUAGAGGGAGACCUUUCGCUUGUGAGCUCUGUGACAAGACUUACCGUGACGCCUCUGGACUGAGCCGUCACCGACGUUCUCAUUUAGGUUAUAGGCCCAGUUCAUGCUCUGUGUGUGGGAAACGCUUCCGGGAUCAGUCUGAGGUCAAACGCCACAUGAAGGUACACCAAAACAGGAAGCCAGUGGCUAGCAGCCAGGAGCGUAAGGUGAAGGCUCCACGUACAUCACCUAGAUCCCAGGCUCCCAUCCUCAGGCACUCAAAAGUGAUCCAGGGACCAGUGGCCAGGACUAAGACAAGGAACAGCAGAGCCUCAUCCUUGGAUGUCAGAUCCAACCCUAUUCCAGUGAGAUGCUCUAGAAGAAAGAUCCGCUGCCCCUAUUGUUCAGUACGUUUAACCAGGAAGACCUAUUUCUUAACCCACCUCAAGUUCCACUUCAAAAAUCAGCCCAACCAAUACUUAAGUUGCAAGGAGUCCUCCCAGUUGUCUGUGAUGGUAGGCUCCCACCGGAACACCCACAGGAAGCAAAAUAUCUACUGUUGCCCCAUCUGUGAUAUCUGCUUUAGGGGAAAGGAAAGCCUGCUGGAUCACUUGUGCUGUAAGAGAUCAGGCAGACCCAUUAAGUGCUGGGCAAUCCUGGGUCAUUUGCUUGGCUUUCUUUAUGAACCCUUGUGUCUGGGAAAUACUUCAACAGUAGAGGAGUCCUCGGAGGAGGACGAAUGAAAAAACGAAAUCCAAUCCAGGAAGACAAGAUGAAAUAUACAUGCAGUGAGAAUCCUGAAGCAUAAAUAAAAGACCUGUUUGGGGCUGGUGAGAUGGCUUAGGGGCCAAAGGAGCUUGCUACUCAGUCUGACCUCCUGAAUUUGAGCCCUGAGACCAUUGUGACAGAAGGAAAGAACCUAUUCCUGACCUCACAUGUCCCACCCCUCACAUCUCUC